AUGAGAUUAAAUUUUAUAAACCAAUAUAGGUUAUUUUUAACAUAUAUAUUAUUAAAGUUACUAUUUUAUAACGAAGUCAUAUCAAGUGGUCCACCUGUAAUAAUUGAACAUCCAUUGGAUACAUUAGUUAUAAAUAAUGAUCCUGUAACAUUACCAUGUCGUGUACAAGAAGAAAAUUCUAAUAUAACAUGGUAUAAAAAUGGUGAACCCGUUAAAAUGGGUGCAAAUAUCCAUCGUAUUUUACUUAAUUCGGGAAGUUUAUUUUUACUUAAAGUUAUAACAUCUGGUAAAGAAGCUGAUACAGGUACAUAUUAUUGCGUAGCUAAAAAUGAAUAUGGUGAAACAAGAUCACAAGAUGCAACUGUUCGUGUAGCAUCAUUAAAAGAUGAUUUUAAGACACGUCCAAGAAAUGUAAAUGUUGUUAUUGGAUCGAGAGCAAUAAUGGAAUGUUCUCCACCUAAAGGAUUCCCUGAACCAGAAAUUUAUUGGAAAAAAGAAAAUAAAGAAAUUAAACCACAGGAAGAUAGUCGUAUAACAAUACAUCCACAUGGUAAUUUAAUUAUUGAAAAUGUUCAAAAAAGUGAUGCUGGUAAUUAUCAAUGUGUUGCUUUAAAUGCUGCCGGAACAAGAGAAUCAAAUCAAGCAAAAUUAUCUGUUCAUGCAAAACCAAGUUUUAUAGUACCACCUAGAGAUAGAGUAGCUGAAAUAGGAUCAUCUGUAUUUUUUGAUUGUCAAGCAUCUGGAGAUCCUAUGCCAAGUAUAACAUUUAAAAAAAGUGGUGAAGCAAUGCCUGUUGGUAGAGCAUAUAUUCAUCCAAAUAAUAAAGGUCUUACAAUUCAAAAUGUACAAGCUAAUGAUACUGGUGAAUAUAUAUGUAUAGCUGAAAAUUCUGCAGGAAGAAUUGAAACAACAGCAAUGCUAAAAGUUCAUUCACAACCAAAAUUUAUUAAAAAACCACAAAAUGUUGAGAUAAAAGCUGGUGAGACGGCAUAUUUUGAAUGUAAAACGUCUGGUAUGCCAAAACCUGACAUAUUUUGGUCUAAAGAAUCACAACAAGAUGUAACAAUAUUUCAAGGAAAAACAUCAACAGAUGGACGUUUUAAAGUUACAAAUGAUGGUGAUUUAUUAAUUACAGACAUCCGAUUAGAUGAUGAGGGUAAUUAUAUUUGUGGUGCUGUCAAUUCAGCAGGAUCAUCUAAAGCGGAAGCACUACUUAAAGUAAUAUCAAAAGCUACUAUACUUGCUUUUUCUUGUACAUAUAAUCCACAUCUUAAAGAUUGCCAUAAUAAAUCACUUUCUGGACAUCCACCACCAUUAAUAAAAUAUGGUCAUAUGAAUCAAACAUUACUUGUUGCCGGAAAUGCACUUUUACCAUGUCAAGCAACAGGAAAUUCACCAUUAUUAAUUAAUUGGUUAAAGGAUGGUAAUGUUAUUGAAUUGCAAGAUACUAAAAAUCCAAAUUAUAAUGAAAGAUUUCGCCAACUUCCAUCUGGAUCAUUACAAAUAUUUAAUUUAAUGAAAUCUGAUACAGGAGUAUAUACAUGUCGAGCAAAAAAUAAUGAUGGUGAAUCAACUUGGACAGCUUAUCUAGUUGUAGAAGAACAUUCAAAUCCAAAUGUUCAUUUUCAAAGGAUGCCUGAUUCAUCAACAUUACCUUCAGCACCAGGAAAACCAAUUGCAUCAAAUAUAACAGAUACUUCAGUUCAAUUAGAUUGGACAAUACCAGAAAAAACUGGUGCAAAUAUGGUAUCUGGUUAUAUAUUACAAUAUUAUAGUCCUGAAAUUGGUGAAACAUGGUUUAAUAUACCAGAUUAUAUUCCAUCAAAUUCAUUUAAAGUUAAAAAUCUUAAACCAAAUUUUACAUAUGUCUUUGUUGUUAGAGCAGAAAAUACAAAUGGUAUUGGACCACCAUCAGAAAUAAGUUCUGUUGUUUAUACUAAAACAAGUAAAAAUAAUGUAACAUUAUUAUCAACAACACAAUUAAGUCUUGAAUUAGCAAGACAACGUUUAGGUUCUGAACAACUAAUUAAAUUAGAAGAACUUCGUAUUUUAAAUUCUACAGCAAUUCAAUUAUCAUGGAAACGAAAGAAAGAUGAACCAUUAAUACAAGGAUAUUAUAUUAAAUGGCGUGGACCACCAUUAACACCACAACAAACAUUUAUCAACGUCACAUCAUCACUUGUUGAAAGUGCUAUUGUUAAUGGAUUAAAACCAUUUACAACAUAUGAAUUUUUUAUGAUACCAUAUCAUAGAACUGUUCAAGGUAUGCCAUCAAAUUCAAUGGAUGGUACAACUAAAGAAUCUGUACCAACAUCAUCACCAACAGAUGUAAGAGUAAGAAUGUUAAAUAUGACAACAUUACGUAUAUCAUGGCGUUCACCACCAUCAGAAGGUUUAAAUGGUAUAUUAAAAGGUUAUUAUAUAUUAAUAACUGGUGAUGAAUAUACAAGAAAUAUAACUACAAAUGAAAGAGCUGGAAGUGUUACAUUAUAUUAUUUAACACCUGGUAAAGAAUAUAAAAUUCGUGUUGCAGCAAGAACAUCUGAAGGUAUUGGUAUAUUUCAUGGUACAGAAAGAGUUACAAUGAAUGAAGAAACAUUACAAAAUCAUAUAUUAUUAGCUAAUGCUAAUAAAUCAAGUAAUAUAAUAGGUUAUUUAUCAAAACCAUGGGUUGUUGCUGUAAUUGGAUUUACAUUAUGGUUAUUUAUAACAUUAUUCCUUGCAUGUGUAUGGUAUCGAUGGAAAAAAUCAUCAAAUUGUAAAACAAAUAAUCAUAUGGGAAUGCCAUUUAUUAAAAUUAAUGAUGGUAGUGUACAUUUUUCUGGUAAUGAUAAUUUAUGGAUGAAUCAUGGUAAUUAUACAGGUCAAUAUAAUCCUAAUGGAACAAUAGAACAAAGUGUUAAUGGACAUUAUCAUGAUCCAUAUACUCAAACAUUACAAAGAUGUCCAGCAAUUAAUAAUUAUCCAAUUGAUACAUUUCCUAGUAUUGGUAAUAAUUCAAUUACACGAUCCACUUCACCUCAUCAAUAUUCAUAUGCUGCUUUUCCAACAUUAUCUAAUACUUAUAAUAGAAGAAAAUAUGGAGAUGAUCCUAGUCCAUAUGCAACAACAACAUUAAUUAUGUCAACAUCAAAUGAUAGAAGUCCACAAAUUCCAUUAGCACCUGUACCACAAGAACCUCCCCCUAAUUUUUGUAUGCUUGAUAUGAGUAAACAAAAUACAGCAAGAAGAUAUAAUCAAUCAUUAAGUAGUAUUAAUUCUAUAAAUAAAUUUAAAAGAAAUACAAGUCAUGAUAAUACAUCAAAUAAUGAUGAUAACAUAAAUAGUAAUGAUGAUAAAUUUGAUACGGGAAAUUAUGUACAAGUUUCAAGAGAUUAUGAUUCAUCCGAUAACAGAUCCGGUCAUCAUAUAUAUUAUAAAACUAAUUCUGCUUCAAAUAUUUCUUCAUCUAAAAAUUUUAAAAACCCACGGUCUCAUUUUAGAGGUAGAAAUAAUAGUAAUAAUUCAUGUCAAAAACAAAAAAUGUUUUAUGAUCAAAUGGAUGAUGAUAAGAAUAAUUAUUUUUCACAUAAUAAUAUAUCAAAUGAAAUUAAUAAAACAGAUUAUUCAAAUAAUACUUCAUCAACACCAAAAAUUUACAGAAGGUAUAAUGAUAAACGUAAUAAAAAUGGACGUGAUAAUUAUAUAGAUAAUGAAAAUGUAAAAAGUUCUUUGUUAAAUAAUCAUAAUCAUAGUUUUGGAUCUGAUGAGGAAUGUAAUUCAGAAUCAAUAUCUGUAAAAGAUAAAGGUACUUCAAACGAUCAACAUAAUUCUAUUAGUUCAACAUUUAAUCAACAAAUACAAUCAUCAUCAGGUGUCAGUGCAAGUUCACUCUAUCAUUCAUCAGAUGGCAAUAAUGCGCGUCGCACUGCCGCCUCCCGUGAUAAAUCAGUUACCAGUACAUCUAUAUUAUUAAUAGAAAUUAAGAAUAAGUUUAAUAAAAAAAAAAUGAAAUUAAAAGCAACUCACUAUCAACAGUGUAAAUCAACAUUAAAAUCUCACGACUCAGGUGUCAGUAGCUUUGGUAGUGGUGAUACUCAUUCAGAAGAGAAUUCACAUAAUGAUGAUUGUAAUAAAAUGACAAAUGAUAAAAAGAAGAAAGUUAAGAAAUGUGGUAAAAAAUCUGAGAAACAGGAUAAUAUUAAAAAGAAUAAAUAUUUGAAUUUUUAUAAAAUAAAAUUACGAAAAACACCGGAUAUUGAAGAUAUAUUAUGGGUUGGGUGUGCAAGUUAUGAAUAA